GUGCAAAAAUAAUUUAAAACAUUCAGUUUUAGUUUACCACAGCUGUAUUAUGAAAUAGUUGUGAAAUACGAUUCCAGGCAUUUAAUUAUAAGUUCUGUAACACGAAUGUUGCAUAAUAUCCAUCACCUGAAGGUCUUCUAUCAAUAAAACACUUUAUUGCAACGAUAGAACGUCUCGUCUAAAGCUGCCAGGUUCUAUACACAACAGCUUUGAGCUAAAAGAAUUACUGCAGUGCAGCUUUCUCUAGACCUAUGGGCAAACUCUGCAUCAAAACGAAACACUUUCCGACCUAAUUAUAUAAUAACACAUUAUUACGGUUUAUGGUCCGACGUUUAGUCGAGUCGUUGUUUAUUGUCAAAAUUAAGAUUUGUCUAUAUUUUCCUGAAUCCUGCUUAAUGGCAACCCGUUUUAUUUAAUUUUUUUUUUUACGCCACAACCCUUUGAGUGCGCCAGCAGAGAGGAGCCUGGCAACACGACGACAGUGGCUGCAAGCUCUGUCUGUGGAGGAACUGCUUCUUAGAACCAUGUCAGCAGGAUUGCAACCCGCACCGGGCAGACAUGGGAUGGGCUGCUGCUUUAAAAGAAGCUCCAAGAUCAUCUCGUCUAUGGCUAACUCUAAAGCAGCUUGAUUCAACAUCCACCUGGUCGUAUGAUGCGUUUUGCUUCACCGUAGACUAUAUCUGGAAGCAGCAGGAACAAGAACAGAAGACCAGCCUACAGUGGAGCAUCUAAAUAAAAAAUAUGGACACCUUCAAUGGAGGAAUUUUGACUCAACAUGUCCAGGAACUAUGAGCAGCCUGGUCACUGUGUAGGGAUGUUGGCUGCCGUGGAACAUGGUCCCAUCCUCUGCAGCGACUCCAACAUCCUCUGCCUCUCGUGGAAAGGCCGGGUCCCCAAGAGCGAGAAGGACAAGCCGGUGUGCCGGAGACGCUACUAUGAGGAGGGUUGGCUCGCAACGGGGAACGGGCGAGGAGUGGUUGGGGUGACGUUUACGUCCAGUCACUGCAGGAGGGACAGGAGCACGCCACAGAGAAUCAACUUUAACCUGCGGGGACACAACAGUGAGGUUGUGUUGGUGCGCUGGAACGAGCCUUUUCAGAAGCUGGCCACCUGUGAUAUGGAAGGAGGGAUUUUUGUGUGGAUCCAGUAUGAAGGCAGAUGGUCUGUGGAGCUGGUGAACGAUAGAGGAGCUCAGGUGAGUGACUUCACGUGGUCACAUGAUGGCACUCAAGCUCUCAUCGCGUACAGGGACGGUUUUGUGUUGGUCGGCUCAGUCAGCGGACAGAGACACUGGUCCUCGGAGAUUAAUUUGGAGAGUCAAAUCACCUGCGGCAUCUGGACACCUGAUGACCAACAGGUCCUGUUUGGAACAGCAGACGGUCAGGUGAUAGUAAUGGACUGUCACGGACGGAUGCUCGCCCAUGUUCUGCUACAUGAGUCUGAUGGGAUCGUGAGCAUGUCCUGGAACUGCCCUGACUUCCUGGUGGAAGACAGUACAGAGAGUGACACAGACUCGGACGAAAACAUCCUGCCGUUAGUGCGGAGAGUGAAGCCUCUGCUGACUGUCACCUUUCUAUCAGGAGACAUUAGUCUGAUGAACAAUUACGACGACCUCUCUCCUACUAUAAUUCGCUCAGGGCUAAAAGAUGUUGAGGCCCAGUGGUGUUCACAGGGAGAUCUGCUGGCUGUGGCCGGUAUGGAGAAACAUGGGCUUCCUGCCGACUCAGUUUGUGCAUCCAUCACGAGAAACGCCCUGGUUAAGUUCUACAAUGUCCAAGGAGAACACAUCUACACUUUGGAAACUCCUGCUCAGAGGCCCAUCACCACCAUCUGCUGGGGUCAUCGAGACUCUCGUCUGUUCCUCGCCUGCGGUCCAGCCCUGUACGUGGUGCGUGUGGAACACAGGGUGGCCAGCCUUCAGCUCCUGUGCCAGCAGGGCAUCGCCAGCGCCCUGCGAGAGGAGAAGGACGUGGGAAAACUCAACAUGCCUUCUCUGCUCUGCUCUUAUGUUACCACUGCUUUCAUCCCAACCAUCAAGCCUCCAAUCCCUGACCCCAACAACAUCCGCGACUUUGUCAGCUAUCCCACCUCUGGGAACGAGAGACUCCACUGCACCAUGAAGAGAGCAGAAGACAGUCCUGAGGCGGGUGGACCCUGCUACACUCUGUACCUGGAGUAUUUGGGCGGGCUGGUGCCCAUUCUGAAAGGAAGACGGAUCAGCAAACUACGACCUGAGUUUGUCAUCAUGGAUCCAAAAUCUGACAGUAAAGCAGAGGAAGUGUGUGUGAACCACAUGAUCUCUUACACCGACAGCUGUAACUGCUCUGACUCCAGUGACAUCGAGCUGAGUGACGAAUGGGUGGGAAAGAAGUCACCAAAGUUAUCUCGGGGAAACAGGAUGACAAUGGAAAUCAGAAAAUCUCCCAAACUCACACGGUCCAAUCAAGAAGGCCAAAGGUCACCAAGGUUAUCGUCAAAAAAGCCUCCGGUUCGAUCUCCCAGCCUGACACGGAGGGAGUUUUCCAUGGAUGGAAUCACAGAGCACAACUACCUUGCUCAAGUUACAUCCAAUAUUUGGGGGACAAAAUUCAAAAUUGUUGGACUUGCCUCAUUUCUCCCAGUCAAUCUAGGUGCAGGUAGGUAUUUGUGCCAGUACAUGCACAUUACCCUGGUAAUUAUUCGGGAUUUUAUCAUGACUUUUACUCCCCUCUGUAUUUCAGUCAUCUACAAGACCAGUUUACUUCAUCUGCAACCAAGGCAGAUGACAAUCUUCUUGCCGGAAGUCCGAAAGAUUUCUCAUGACUUCAUGAGUCUGCCUGUGUUCAAUCCUAAUGUGUUCAGUGAGGAUGAGGACGACUUACCAGUGAUGGGUCCAUCUGGAGUGGCAGGAGACAAUCCUCCCUGUACAGUCAACAUUCCAAUUGCUCCCAUUCACAGUCCAGCUCAGGCCAUGUCACCAACUCAGAGUAUUGGCCUGGUUCAAUCCCUUCUGGCCAAUCAGAAUAUUCAGCUCGAUGUGUUGACCAACCCUACGGCCACUGCUGCGGCAGCGGCAGCCGCCGCGGCUGCUUCCUCUGUACCAGUCCCUGAUCCUAGCCAGGACGCAGUUGCAUCACCUUACCCAGUGCCAAGUAGAUACUCCAACCCCGGUCAGGUGAUCUUCAGUGGACUGGAAAUGGCUCCACUCCUUCCUGGUACUCUCCCACCUCCACCUCACCACCCCCCACCUCAGCCUCACCUUCAGCGGUCCCAUGCGCAGCAGCCUCGCCAACAACAUUCCAAACAGUCGCAGCAAAUGCACACACAGCAACAGCAGCAGCAACAGCAGAAGAUGCACCAUCAUCAUCAACAGCAGCAGCAGCAACAUCAGUCACAGUCACAGCAGCAGCAGCAGCAACAACAACAGCAGCAUCAGCAGCAACAACAUCAACAGAGCACCCAACUGCACAACCAACAGACAUUGCAUCAACAACAACAGGGACAUCAGCAACUCCAGGUGCAACCGCAAAGUCAACAGCACGUGGCAAACCACCAGCUGCAGCAGCAGCAAAUCCAACAACAGCAACAUCAGAUGCAAAUGCAGCAUGAGCAAAUGCAGCAGCAACAGCAGCAAAUGCAACAGCAGCAACAGCAGAUUCGCCAACAGAUCCAGGAGAUGAGGCAGCAGCAGCAGCAGCUUCAGCAGCAGCACCAACAGAUUCAGCAGCAGCAUCAGCAGAUGCAGAGGCAGCACCAGCAAAUGCAGCAGCAGCUAAAGAUGCAAAUGUCACUGCCUCCUCCUCCAACCGGAUAUCCAACCAUUUCCAUACAGCAGCUGCACCUGCUGCCUCAGAUUUCUGCACCCACCACCGAGCCGGGUCUUGACAGGAACGAGAAUGGACACACUCUGAAGCUGAGUUUGCCACGGACUUUACCGCCCCAAUUCAGUGACUCAGAUAUGUCUGUGGAGAUUCAGAUGAGGAAGGUGAAUCCUCCUCCUCCAUAUCCUGGCACUGUCGUGUCUGCAGCUGCAGCAACAGCUGCCGCUGCUGCGUCUCAGACUCUUGUCACCAACUGUGACAGUCCAAGCAUUCUGGCACCUGAAUCUUGUUUGAAGAAGGACGACUUCUUACUUCGUCCCAUCACUUUACAGUAUCCCACACCUCUUGGGUAUGAAAGGAUCACUACCUUUGACAGCAGUGGUAAUGUGGAGGAGGUCUGUAGACCUCGACGGCGCCUCAUUCGAAACCAAAAUGCAUACGCUAUGAACGGUUCAGCUACUCUGAAGGUCACCUCUUCAGAAAACAAAAAAAUCCAGCUGCCAUACAGCUCAGCCACACUGAGUCGCCUCUCUGUCCCUCGAUACUCAAUACCAAGUGGAGACCCUCCCCCUUACCCUGAUCCGGCCAAUCAAGUAACUGCCACACUACCUCCUCCACAAAGAAUUGAAAACAGCCUAAUUCAUGCAACACUACGUCGUGAUCGCAGGGACGUUAGCCUCAAAGUUCCGCAGAUGAUGGAGAGCUCGAGGACCCUUCCCACCAAGGCUAAGAUAAACAGUGCACUAGCUCUGAGCUACCAACAGAGGGUGCCCACAGCUCUGUACACUUGCACACAGUGCAGUAGCAACAGCAGCAGCACAAGUGUCAGUGUCAGUGGAGGUGGAACGUCAAGUAGUGGCAUUGCAGGAGGAACAGUAGUGAGGCAAGACUUUCCUUCAGGAAAAGGUGCUCAUCACAGUACCAUUAUUGUCCACUCAAAAAGCACCUCACCUUUGACCUCCCACUCCUCCUACAGCCUCUUGGGUACAGUUGAUAACAGCAGGGACAGAACUGUGUAUGUGAACUCUGCCUUUACUGAAGACGAGACCCUAAAUCAGCAGUGUCACCUUGAAAAGUCUGUACGUCAGCUGACCCUUGGCGACAUGAGUUUGACAGUCAAACGUCCACCACCUUACCAAUGGGAUAGUUCCACGACAGAAGAGUUUUGGCUCACCCCUGAGCAAACCAUGCUAGCCCCACCUCCAGGACCUCAUAAACCACCUCCUCUCAUCCUCAGUCAGGCUCAACAUCUGGACAUGACCCGCCUUCCGUUUGUCCUUGCAACUAAACCGCCAAGCAGUCCAAGCACGUCCACGCUGACGUUCCCUUCUGGAUACCAGAUAUCUCUGUCACCUUUUCCUCCAGGUGUAAGCCACACAGCGCCAACUCUUCAGACCCUCCAUAACCCUCCCCCACAGUGCUCUCCAAAUGAAGUAGUUGGUUCUGUCCCUUUUGCUCAGCAGGAUCCCAGUCUGGUCUUGCCACCAGGUUAUCCUCCAAAUUUGGCUAACCUGGCUUGCUGCCCCCUGCCUCCAAUGUAUCCCGGAGCAAGCUCGUGCUCUGGACUGCAGCUACACCCUGUCAGCCUUCACCCAUGGAACCCUUAUCCCUGUCCCCCUCCACCUCCCAUGCAGGACCCCCCAGCACCUCCUCUCCCAACCAAAACCCAUCAGAUAUCAGAAAAACCAAUUCNCCCUCUGCCACCGCCCCCUCCCCCCACUGAGCUGCCCCCAUCCAAAAGUGCAACAGAUGAUUUGACAGAGUCUGCAAACAACUUUGCAGAGCCAUCAUCUUUGAACGAGAGCCCUGUGCCGCAGGAGUCAGAGCGCUUCAGUAAGAAGAGUCGUAAGAGGCUGGACAGCCGGGCCGAGGAGGCCAACAUGUCCAAUGUCUCUGAAGGCAAGUCCAGAAAGGAAGGACGAGCACUGUCUGACUUUAACACACUCAUUUCCAGCCCAAGGCUUGGCAGCAGAGAGAAGAAGAAACCCAAGGGCCAGAGAGAGCAACUCAACAAAACCAAGAAGAUGAGCAGAACCACAAAUGAAUUCCAGGACAGCUCUGAGAGCGAGCCAGAGCUGUUCAUUAGUGGUGAUGAGCUCAUGAACCAGAACCAGAGUAGUAAGAAGAGCUGGAAGAACAAACGCAGCCUGCGCAUGGCAAGUGAGCUGGAAGAGAUCAAGUCUCGUAAGGCAAAUGAACGAGAAGACCGCAGUUUAGGCAGCCAAGGAUUUGUUUACAUUAUGGCCAAUAAACAACCUCUGUGGAAUGAGGCUACACAGGUCUACCAGCUGGACUUUGGAGGAAGAGUAACGCAAGAGUCUGCAAAGAACUUCCAGAUAGAGUUGGAUGGCCGACAGGUGAUGCAGUUUGGCCGCAUCGAUGGCAAUGCCUACAUCUUGGAUUUCCAGUAUCCUUUCUCAGCAGUGCAGGCAUUCGCUGUUGCCCUGGCCAACGUGACUCAGAGGCUAAAAUGAAAAUAUACUUCAUUGACGUUGACGGACGAAUUAAAAAAAAAAAAGGUUACUUGUUCUUGUCGAUGCUGCACAGUGUCUAUGUGGGGGUGCAGCUGGAGAAUGCAUCGAUGUUUUAGUGUCUGGUCCGAAAAGAGUAAGUGAUAUACUGUACCAGUCUGUUUUGCACAUGUGACUCAUUUAUGGCAGUUUGUUAAACAUUACCAAAGGAUUUCGUUUCUACCUUGAGGACUUUAUAGAUGGAAACUGAAUCCUUGAAUUUGAAGUCUUGGAUUGAAUGAAGAAUUUUAUUAAUUUAACUGCGAUUGAACAGAACUUUAACUAACACAUAUUAACAUUAAGUAUGCAUCAGAAUCCAUUUCUGACAUCCACAGAGGUUUAGAGCCACUGAAGACACUUUAGCAAUUUAGAGGCACCGACUAUCAAGCAGAAUUCAUGUAAAACAAAUAUAUAAGAAUUCAUGUUUUUCUAUUAAAUAGGCAGCAAACUUUAUGGCUUGCAGUAAAAUAUAAGUUGCAUAUAAAUAAUGAAAAGCCAUAGCAUAUCUGAUAUAAAAAGAAAACUGCGCUAUUUUAAUCUAAUUUAGGAAAUACAUUUAGUUAAAGCUCUAUUAUGACUAUAGAAAUAUAUUGCUGCUCUUUUCACUAAACAUGCGCUAGAAGAAUACAUGUAUUCACUAUAUUGAUUAUGAAGCUGUCUUCAGUUUAUUAUAGAAAACUGAGUAGUAUUCAGUCAUAGUUUUUAUAUUUUCUAUCCAUGUGACUUCUAUGAAGUGUUCCAAAGGAAAUAAUUUUGAUAAAUCAUUAUAUUUUGGCCACUACACAGCAAAUCAGACAUAAAUCAUAGCCAUUAUACUCUAAAUGUUUUACAUUCUGUCUAUAUAGUUAAUUUGUUAAUUUUCUUUUCCCCAUAAUGGCUGACAUUGUCAGUAGUGGUCCAUGUGCCAAAUACAGCCCAACUGUGACCUGAUAUGAAAGGGCAUUUACUAGUCAGAAAAACCAAUUUAACUACCCGCAUAGGAAAAUUUAUUUGACCCAUCUGCAGCAACAAAUUACAGGCCGUUUGGAUAUAAAAUCUGGCAUCCACUAUGUGGUCUACGAUGCGACCAAAUCUUACCAAAGAUGGUCGAUGGUAACCUAUGUAAGGUAAAAAGAGUGUAGAACCAGAGAAUCUAGUUGUGAGUGGGCUGCACAGUACAUCAAUUCUGUGUUAUGACCUUCGUAGAUUAGUUGUAUGGUGGGUCAGUAGGAUAUUUUUCAAAAACAUGAUCGCAUCCUUAGUCAUAAUAAUUUCCUGGUUGAGAUUGUCUGGGUUCAUUCCACUCUUUGUAAUGUCUGUGUAAGGGUGUUAAGUUUCCUUUGAAUGUCAUGUUAAGUGGUUUGCACCGUUGGAAUCAGGGCUGCUUUUCGAUAGAAAUUAUGUGCAGUAACGCUAACUUAAGAACAAACAUUAUACUUGCAAAAGAAAACAUUUUGCUGCUUGCACUGUGUAUUUAGAGUAAGUGACCAAACAACAUUAUAUGCUUUGUAACAGAAAUGUGCUCGCUGUAUACGCUGCUAAUUUCAGCAAUUUUGUACUUCACUUUUACUUUAACAUGUUGCAAAAAAUGUUUUGUGUUAAACUUUUGAAAAAAAUGGCAAUGGUGCCAAAUUCCACAUAUUAGAUCUGUGUAGAUUUGGUGCUAAUGUAUAAAGAAACAAGAGAAAAACACGUAAAUUAUUUGAUUUUAAGCAUACUUUGAAAAACAUUAUUUUGAGCAAGGCUACAGGACAUAUUGUAUAAGGCAUAGAGCUUUUCAUCAAAUGCAGUGCAGUGAUGUUAGAGACAGUGUGUGUCAGUUAUCAGCAGUACUGCCGAAAGAAGGUUGUAUGAUUAGUAGUGUUUCUGUUAUUAUAUAAAGGAAAACUGAGGGUGUGACCAUAAUCGACCUAUAGGCUGAGUUAAGUCAAAUAAAAACCUAUUGUUCCAAA